GCAUGUCGUUUCUAGUAGGCCACCCAGCCGAAGCCACCGCGACGUGUGCGAUCCGGCUGUAUGGCGAUGUGCGGAUCCCGAUGGCCAUGCGUUUUUCUUGUCUUGGUAAAUUUGGUUUUGGCGAGUUGCAAAGAGAAUGUUCUGAUCAGAAGAGAUGUUGCUAUCCGGCAUGAUGGCAAAUUUGACUUGCUGAAACGUCCUGAAGUUCACCAUGCCAAACAUGGUCACGCCAAGCGCCUUUCCACGAAGAAACGUGGCGAACACGCGCAGCACGCAAUCAGUCAUUUGAAAGUUGAUGAGAUGAAAGAGAUUCCGAACUGCAGAGAGGAAUAUACCUGCGAUGCUCACAGAACAAGAUCCUUGGGCGACUACGCAAGGAAACACAUUGCUGUUUACACCUACAACAUUGGAUCCUAUGAAGGUGGUAUGCGAGAUGACAAUGUACCAUGUGUCCCCAGCAAUGUGGACGCCUUUCUAUUUUUAGAUGAUGAUACGAAGGAACGCACGGACUCAAAUUCUUUGAACCUUUGGAAAAAACUGGGCUGGCAAGUCAAGUCCGUGACCUUGCAAGCGGGAAGCGAAUUCGUGACUGGUGCCCGUUUGACGUCCAAACUCUUAAAAUUCACUCCACCAUCUUGGCUUCUGAAUGGUGAGUGGGAGUGGCUGGUGGAAUUCGAUGGAAAUGUUGUCUUGGACCUCCAUACUCUGGGACCUUUCCUCGACAAGUACAGCUCCAAACCCUUGUUGCUGUUGGAUUGGAGCUACCACGAAGACUGUGGCGAUGAUGGCUUCCAAUGUUUCAGCCACGAGCUGCACAAUAUGUUGCAUGCACGUCGAAAGUACAUUGAGGACUCCAAGGAAAAUGUCGAAGCAUGGGAGCGCAAACUUGCCAAAGAGCAUGAUGGCACUGACGGGACAAGGUUAAGCUCAAGCGGACGAACAGUUGUCCUAGGGGCCCCCCGCUGCUUGACCUUAGUGAAUAAAUUUCGCUUUGCAGAGCACGAUACCGCCUACUCAAAGAAGGCUAUCAAGGUCCCAGUUGCACCAUCACAGAGCACUGCAAGACCAACCGACAGCAACCUCGAGAACAAGUACAAUCGUUUACUUGCAGCUUUGGAGAAACAGGAAAACUCCGAAGAAGUGCAACAAUUGGUCGAGGAAGGAUCAGUGAAGACUGCAUCAUCUCGCCAAAUGCACACAGCUGUCAAGAAGUUGGACCAAGCACGCGACAAAUAUCACGUCGCACUGAAGGCACGGCAGAACCUUCACGAGUCGUGGACGAAGUACCUCGACGAAUCCAUCAAGAGAUGGACCACGUUUGCGGAGGACUUCGGCAAGAAAGAUCGCGAGCUAGAGACCAAGGUCCAACAGACCAAGGAAAAAUUGCAGGAAGCUCGACAAUGUCUCGACGAGACCAAGGAGCAGUUGUCCAACAGGGACAAAGAUCUCACCAAGGAGGACGAGCUCAUGGAAUCAGAGAUGGACGAAGAGCAAUCCAAGGUGGAGACGUCCGAGCGCAUUCUGGCAGGCAUCAAUGCGAUGGUGCAGAAUCUGGAAGCUGUCCGUGUACGGCCACCAGACGACAUCAACGAGCAUGCUGCCAAGAAAGCAAGAACAGAAAGCACAGAAGCUGGGGCUGGAGUUUGCCAGGCGCCGAUUUGGACCCAUAGCAUUGUAUCAAAGGACAUCUUUGUGUCGGAGUGGAAGGCUAGUAUCAAGGCCAUCGAUCUUGCUUUUGAGCUGGGUUGUUCAUUGCAUGACAACGAUUGGACCAUUUUCAAGCCGGUCAACCACUCCCGACGCCGAAGACAAUUGCGAUUUGCCACCACUGUAGACCUCUAUGUGGGCCCAGAGGACACAGUUGAGUUUGGGAAAUGGCCUCAUGCUCUAGAAGUUCCAUAUCAUAGAGCAUCAAUCUUUCAUCAUGAUUGGGAAGUUGAUUACACUUCUUUCAUGGCGCAUCACGAUGUUGGACCACCACCUGUCCAAGAACGUGUUCCUGAGCCACAAAUCAUCGAUCAAGGAGCAAUUGCAGUAAAUGUCGAAGUGACAGAGGAUGAAGCACUAUCAGAAGAUUCAUGGUCGGCAGACAUCCAAACUCGAAGCAGUUGGAGAACUACGCUGAUCUUUGCUUUGCGCAGACAGGCCACCACAUUGCGCUUGGAUUGGCGUGAAGAGCAAAGUUUCCUUCAGCUGGAUACACAUCGUACACCAGCACUGCAGGACUAUCCCAAUUGUUUGCGUGGUGAUUUCAAAAGCACUUUGGGUCAAGAUCUUCUUACGUGUCCAUUUGAUCGCCUUGAUGAGGAACUGCCUGACUAUGCUUCGCUGACCAGAGCUGAUCAGGAACUUCUACAAGAAUUCCCAGCUGAUCCUCAAGAAGGACUAUUAGCGCAGCCAGCAACCAUUCAGGAGCUCUAUCAACUUUGGACGCAUCAAUUGGCGCAACAGCCAACAGACGAGACACU